CCCAGGUUGUCGAGUACGUUGCGCGCUGUGCAAGUGCAGCUGGUCCCUGUGCCGUGAUUUCGUGUUGCAAAAUGAGGAUGAAUCGGCGAUCGCAGAGGGAGGAGUUGCACUGCCGCACUGAGGGAGGUGCGCUCGUGCACUGAAAGAGUUGCACCGUUGCCCCAAAGGAAGUGCACUGUUGCUCUGAAGGAAGUGCAGUGUUGCACGGAAGGACUCAUCGGCGUUUUCCAAGAGAGGAACAGGAAAGGCCGUGAUCAGCUGUUCAACCUCGGUGAAAAGCAAGACAAGAGAGGGAGCGAGUAAACUAUAUCUUUCUUUCCUUUUUUGUCUUCCUCUUAAGAUCUUUACUGUUUAAUCUUUAUCUCCUGUUAUUCUUAUCAUUCGUACAUUUUUUAAAUUCUCCCUCUUUGUAUUCUUCUUUCCAUCCUUCAUUUCGUGUCCGUCUCGCAUUUGUUUUUAAAGCUAUUUUCUCCUCGGCGCAUCCACACCCCAUACCUUUCCUUUCCUCAGAAGUAGAGUAAGAUUCGAACAUUCCAGAAAAGAGAAAUAUUAAGAAGCUUUCUUAACACAAACGUUUUCUACAGAAACUGUUUACCCUUUGUGGCUCUCUGUUUAAAUCGUCAUCUCUCUCUGUGACAACCUAGCUAUCUACCUGUCUAGCCGUUUAUCCAUUUCCUUUCUUCCUCUUUAUCUCUCCCUUUCUCUCGCUCCCUCCCUCCCUCGCCCUACAGCUGUCACGAUGCACGCGCUCGACGCAGGCCCGCCCGACCGGAAGCAGCUGGAGGUGUCGGUGGUGCCCCUUGCCGCCGCCCACAGCCUGCGCCAGAGACUGGAGCAGGUGUUCCGCACGAUGCUCAUGCUCUGGUGCCAGGAGAACAGCGCCCUCAGGAGCCUGCACCCGUUCGACUCCGAAUCGAACAAGGCCGUGACCGUGAGUCGGGAGUCGGGUGAGUUCGGGUUCCGGAUACACGGGUCGCGUCCGGUCGUCGUGUCGGCCAUCGAGCCCGACACGCCCGCGGAGACGUGUGGGCUGGAGGUGGGCGACAUCAUCAUCAGCAUCAACGGCAGCAACGUUCUCGACGCCUCGCACUCUGACGUCGUCCGCCUCGCACAUGCUGGUCAGGGAGGCGCCGCGCCCGUUCUCGUUUUCUCCCAAGUUUUAUCACUCUCGCCCUUCCGCUCUCGGCCAAAAGAUGACGAACAGCGCUACGGCAUGGAGGUUCGCGCGUACUUGACGUAA